ACAGGGGCAACGGUUACCACUUUGGGCUCCUAUGAAGUAUCUGAGGGCUGUGAGCGGAAGAAAGGCCAGCGCUGGGGGGCCCUGGAACGUCGGGGCAUGCAAGCUAUGGAAGGGGAGGUGUUACUCCCGGCUCUCUAUGAGGAGGAGGAGGAAGAGGAAGAAGAGGAUGAAGUAGAAGAGGAAGAGCAAGUGCAAAAAAGUGGCAGCAUGGGCUCCCUGUCGCUCAGCAAGCACCGUGGCCUGAGCCUCACGGAGACGGAGCUGGAGGAGCUGAGGGCGCAGGUGCUGCAGCUGGUGGCCGAGCUAGAGGAGACGCGGGAACUGGCGGGGCAGCAUGAGGAUGACUCCCUGGAGCUGCAGGGGCUUCUGGAAGAUGAGCGGCUGGCCAGCGCGCAGCAGGCCGAGGUGUUCACCAAGCAGAUCCAGCAGCUGCAAGGUGAGCUGCGGUCCCUCCGGGAUGAGAUUUCCCUUUUGGAGCAUGAGAAAGAAGUUGAGCUUAAAGAAAUAGAAAAGGAGCUGCACUUGGCCCAGACUGAGAUCCAGACUCUGCGGCGAGCAGCGGAGGACUCGGCGUCGGAACACGAGAGCGACAUGGCAUCGCUGCAGGAGGAUCUGCUGCGUAUGCAGACGGAACUGGAGGACAUGGAGCGCAUCCGGGCAGAGUACGAGCUGGAGAUCUCCUCCCUCCGGGCAGAGGUGGAAAUGAAGAGCUCGAACCAAUCUAACAGCUUAUCUCCUUCUGAAAUCUCGGACUUGCAAGAAGAACUGGAGCAUCUGCGAGAACGCUGCCGCUACCUGAAUGAAGAGUACCGGGCCCUGCAGGAGAGCAACAGCAGCCUCACUGAGCAGCUUGCAGAUCUGGAGAAUGAGAGGACACGAAGGGCAACUGAAAGGUGGCUGGAGUCCCACACUUACAAGAACAUGACGUCGGCAGAGUCUCAGACGAUAGAACUGGAUUUUCCAGAGCCUGAUCCUGAGACUCAGCUGUUGCGACAGCAGCUGCAGGGAGCAGAAGAGCAAAUGUUCAGCAUGAAGAAUAAGUGUGAGGAAUUGUGUUGUGAGUUGGAAGAGCUCCAGCACCAGCGUCGGGCCAGUGAGGAGGAGUACAGGCGGCUGCAGAGAGAGCUCAAGAGUGCUCAGAACGAGGUGCUGCGAUUCCAGACGUGUGAUAACACCACGCAGAACGAGGAGCUGAAGACCAAGCUCUGUGCCCUGCAGGCCAAGUACGAUGCUAGCCAGGAUGAGCAGAAUGAACUCCUGAAAGCGCAGCUCCAGCUUCAGACUGAGCUCCGGCAGCUCAAAGUCACGAAACCCACAGUGCUAGAAAGUCAUAGUGAUAAGGAGUUACUGUGCCAGCUCCAGAAGCUUCAGUACAAGUACCAGAACAUUGUGUGUGAGAAGGAGAGGCUGCAAGGUGAGCAGGAGCAACUGCAGAACCAGCUGCAAUACCACAAGACUCAGGUGCAACACCUCAAGGACGUGGAGACCUCCUUGCAAGAGAGCAUAGACAAGAAUGAAGAGAUGCACAACCAGCUUCAGGAGAUGAAACAGCUGUACCAGGUCAGCAAGGAGAAUCUGGAGCAACAGAAGCACAUGUAUGAUCAGCUCGAGCAGAAGUACUUGCUCUCUCAGGUGGAGCUGAAUCAACUUAAGAGCACCCAGAGCCUGUCUGAGGACAAGGGGAGAUGUGCUGAUAAGUGUGAUAAACUGCUGUACAGACUGACAGAGUUGCAGGAAAAGUACAAAGAUAACCAGGAAGCGCUGCGGCAGCUGCAGAUGGAGCAGUGUGAGCUCCUGGAGGAGCAGAGGAGGAUGCAGGAGGAGCAGGGCCAGCUGCAGGAAGAGCUGCACAGGCUCACUUUCCCAGUCCCCAAGUCUGGCCUCAUCCCUAAGAGUCAGGAGCUACUUACAAAGUUGCAAGACCUGUGCGAACUGCAGAUGCUCUGCCAAGGCAUGCAGGGAGACCAGAAAAAACUGCUAGACAGUCAAGGAGUCUUACUGAAAGAACAAAUCCAGCUGCACGAAGAGCUGCAACUUGACAAAGAGUCCCAUUUCCGUGAGGUUUUGGAGAAGCCCAAGAAUGCCAAAUUACCCAGGUCCUCAAAAAACAAUCCUAGCCAGUCCAAGGACCUCAUUGAGAAGAUUCAGGGCCUGCAGAUACUGUACCAGGCUGGGAAGGCCCAGCAGGAGCUGCUGCAGCAGGAGCAGGGGCGCCUCCUGGAGGAACAUCUGAGGCUGCAGGCCGACCUGCAGCUCUGCCUGGAGGAGAUGCAGCUGCUCCAAAGCCAGUCCCCUUCCAUCAGAAUGAGCCUCGAGUCCUACCACAAGAGUUACGGGAGCUCCACGGAUGAGACUGAGAGCUACUACAAGAGUUACGGGAGCUCCACAGAUGAGACUGAGAAUUACCACAGGAGUUAUGGGAGCACCCUGCCCAGCACUGAGAGCUUUCUCAAGAGCUACAGAAGUAGCAUCAACAGCGAGGUCCCUAACAUGUGUCACAGCAGCAGCAACAACAGUGUCACUUACAGGAAGAGUUACAGUAGCGCCAAUAGCUGUGACAAUCAGAAGAGUUAUGUCAGCAGUGACAGCGACGUGGCUGAGCCUGAAGAUCUGGAGCACUUUGAGGAGCUGGUGGCCCAGGUGUUGACCAAACUGCAGGGCGUGCAGGCCAUGUCCCAUGUCAGCCAAAUGGAGCACAGCCACCUGCAGGAAGAAAUUAAGAAGCUUCUAGAGAAGCAGCAGCAGCUGAAGGAAGAGCUUGAUGCCUGUGAGAAGGAAUUCAGGGAGUGUAUGGAAUGUCCCGAGACGCCAGCUACCCCCCAAAAUGACAAGAACGAGAUCAAAGAGCUGCAGAUGAAGCUUCGGGACCUGCAGCUGCAGUACCAGGCUAGCAUGGAUGAGCAGGGGCGGCUCCUAGCUGUUCAGGAACAGCUUGAGGGCCAGCUGCAGUGCUGCCAGGAGGAGCUACGCCAACUCAAGGAGAAGUCCUCUGUGUCCAGAGACAUCAGGGGGGGAAACGACAGUAGGAAUAUGAACAAGAAUGCCAAUGGGGUUAAAAACAAAGAGAGUCUGGAAGCAUGUGAGGGCUCCACUGAGAAUGAAAAAAGCCUGGAGGUGGUUCUGUACUACAGGGCAAGCCAGAGGGAGUUAGACAAGCUAGCACAAGAGCAGAAAGAGGAGGAGAAAGAAGAGAUAAAAAGGAAGGAGGCCUGGGAGAAAUCCUCUAAGCCAUUGGGUCUUUCAAAAGUUGACUCAACAAGAGAUCUGGAAGACUAUGAAGAGCUCCGCAGCCUGGUGACUGAGGAAAGUAAGAGCAAGGAGGAAUCUAGCCUGGAAACUUCAGAGGAAAUUCCCCUCAAACUUACUGAGAGCAAAAAGCCAUCUCCUGCCCCCGAUCCUCCCAUCUUCUCCUUGCCUCUUGUAGGCCUGGUGGUCAUAUCGGCUUUGCUCUGGUGCUGGUGGGCUGAGACGUCGUCCUAA